AUGGAGGAAGGGGAGGAGAACCGGAGUGGUAAGCAUGAAUCAGAAGUGAUUCAAGUGUCACCUGGCUAUACACUCACUCGAAAUCGAGAACAGAUUUCAGUCACCUUGGGAGAUGAGAUGUUCAACAGGAAAAAGCACCUGGAAUCAGAUGUCUUNAGCAAAGUCAAAUUUUCCAGGUUUCUGUGCAGAAUCCAAGACAACACUGAGAUGGGUCUCUCCAAAGAGAUGGAUCUCCNCUGUUCCAACAUGAAGCAGAAGUUUGAAACCGAGAACAGGGAACUCAAAGAGACUCACAGAGAGGAGCUUGAGAGGUUAGAGAACAGCUACAAGGAGGCCCUGAAGGCAGAAAAGGCCUCGGCUGAAGAGAAACUAGAUAAGAUGGACAAGGAAUAUAAGUAUCUGAAGAGUAUGUUCCACGUGUUUCAGGAUAGCAUUUACGAGGAAAUGGAAGACAAGUGGUUGAGACGAAAGGCCGAAUGGGAGAAGGAUGAGAAGAUGGAGCGGGAAAAGAUCCUGCUACAACAAAAACGUAUUAUAAUAAAAAAGUUUGAGUUACAGUCGGAAGAAAAAAAGAAGAAAAUGNAUGAGUCCAUCAGUGCUGUUUCUGAUAACUUCGCUCGAGAGAAAGAGGAGCUCCUAAGACAACAUAAUGAAAACAUCCUGCAAAUAGAGGAGCUGAGAAAAUCCAAAGAGAUCUUGGAGGCUGAGCUGCGGGCACAAGCUACUGUUCUGGAGACCCUNAACACAAACCUUUACCAAUGCCAGAAAGAACUCGAGAGACAGAAAACUANUGCGGCAAAUCUAGAGAAAUUGUUCCAGACAAAGCUUGCUGAAGCUGAAGAAAAGCAUAAGUUCAACAUAAAGAUCCCGACAGAAGAAAAUAACUGCCUCAGGCAGAAGAUGUUAACCACAACUAUAAAUGAGGAAACUUCAGAAGUUUCUGAGAAGUCAUCAUUUGCCAGUCCCAAUGUGUGUGAAUCUGAUGUUCCUGAACACAAGAGCAACAAAAAGCAAGCAUCGUAG